GAGAGCGGAUAGGGAGGGGAACUAAGAAGAGAAGACGCUAUCUGGCUUUUCCCCUUGCUACAGAAAACUUUGCUUCUACCGGGAAUAAUCGAAAUACCUUUCACAAUUUUGGUUUUCAAAGGACGAGGCGCCGCCGGCGGGAGUGGAUUCACGCACUCAGCCAGAGAGAAAAACCCAAAGGUCAUCAUCUGACUGGGCAGGAGGGCUGUCACUCAAACACCGCUUUACAUCAGGUGUGAGUUGGGUGGAGGUGCAGAGCAGCAAUCAUGGUGGCCCUGUCACUAAAGAUCGGUGUGGGGAACGUGGUGAAGACCAUGCAGUUUGAGCCCUCCACCAUGGUGUACGAUGCCGGACGCAUCAUCAGGGAGAGAGUUCCUGAGGCACAGCUCGGACAGCCCAAUGACUAUGGGUUGUUUCUGUCUGAUGAAGACCCAAAGAAAGGCAUCUGGCUGGAGGCAGGAAAGGCCCUGGACUACUACAUGUUGAGGAAUGGGGACACUCUGGAGUACAAGAAGAAGCAGAGGCCUCUGAAGAUCCGCAUGCUGGACGGCACGGUGAAGACAGUCAUGGUGGACGACUCCAAGAUUGUCAGUGACAUGCUCAUGACCAUCUGCGCUAGAAUAGGCAUUACAAACUACGAUGAGUACUCGCUGGUGCGAGACAUCGGCGAAGAGAAGAAGGAGGAGACCACGGGCACGUUGAAAAGAGACAAGACUCUGCUGAGAGACGACAAGAAGAUGGAGAAGCUGAAGCAGAAGCUCCACACAGAUGACGAAUUGAACUGGUUGGACCACGGCAGGACGUUGAGGGAACAGGGCGUGGAGGAGACAGAGAUGUUGCUGCUACGGAGGAAGUUCUUCUACUCAGACCAGAAUGUGGACUCCAGAGACCCCGUCCAGCUCAACCUGCUCUACGUACAGGCCCGUGAUGACAUUCUGAAUGGAUCGCAUCCCGUCUCCUUUGAUAAGGCCUGCGAGUUUGCUGGCUAUCAGUGUCAGAUUCAAUUCGGUGACCACAACGAGUCCAAACACAAGCCUGGAUUCUUAGAUUUAAAGGAGUUCCUUCCCAAAGAGUACAUCAAGAACAAAGGAGAGAAAAGGAUCUUCCAGGCACACAAAAACUGUCAGAACAUGACGGAGAUCGAGGCCAAAGUCAGCUAUGUGAAGCUGGCGAGGUCUCUGAAAACCUACGGAGUGUCAUUCUUUCUGGUCAAGGAGAAAAUGAAGGGCAAGAACAAACUGGUGCCCCGUCUGUUGGGUAUCACCAAGGAGUGUGUGAUGAGGGUGGACGAGAAGACCAAGGAAGUGAUCCAGGAGUGGAACCUGACCAACAUCAAACGCUGGGCCGCCUCACCCAAGAGCUUCACCCUGGACUUUGGAGACUACCAGGAUGGGUACUACUCUGUGCAGACCACGGAGGGAGAACAGAUAGCUCAGCUUAUUGCCGGCUACAUCGACAUUAUCCUCAAAAAGAAAAAGAGCAAAGACCACUUUGGCAUGGAGGGAGAUGAAGAGUCAACCAUGCUGGAGGACUCUGUGUCACCCAAAAAGUCUACAGUGCUGCAGCAGCAGUUCAACAAGGUGGGCAAGGUGGAGACAGGCUCAGUGGCCCUGCCAGCCAUCAUGCGCUCGGGGGCUGGAGGUCCAGAGAGCUUCCAGAUGGGAUCCAUGCCUCAGGCCAAGCAGCACAUCACCAGUGGACAGAUGCACCGAGGACACAUGCCCCCACUGACUUCGGCACAGCAGGCCCUGACUGGAACCAUCAACUGCAGUAUGCAGGCGGUCCAGGCUGCCCAGGCCUCUCUGGAUGACGUGGAUGCCCUUCCCCCACUGGGGACAGACGCUGCAUCCCAAGCCUGGCGCAAGAACAAGAUGGAUGAGUCCAAACAUGAGAUCCAUUCCCAGGUGGAUGCCAUCACAGCAGGCACCGCCUCCAUGGUCAACCUCACUGCAGGUAGAAACACUGCGCUUCACUAUACUCUCUCCCCAUUGCUUCCAGUAUGUGUAAUACCAGUGAUAUGGAAAACAUUCCCCCCUGUCCCAUGUGUCUGCAGCCUUCCUCUUUUGCUCUUGUGGUUUCUUAGCUCCACGUUUGUUUUGUGGCUGAUUGUGUGCGUUUGCUGUGGGCAGGACAUGCUGAUGCAGCUGGCGAAGGCUGUGGCCAACGCCGCAGCAGCCUUGGUGCUUAAAGCCAAGAACGUGGCCCAGAAGACGGAGGACUCAGCCCAGCAGAACCGGGUCAUCGCUGCAGCCACGCAGUGUGCUCUGUCUACAUCUCAGCUGGUGGCCUGCACCAGGGUGGUGGCUCCGACCAUCAGCUCCCCGGUGUGCCAGGAGCAGCUGAUCGAGGCGGGAAAGCUGGUCGCCAAAUCAGUGGAAGGCUGUGUGGAGGCGUCGCAGGGGGCCACCAACGACGAGGGCCUCCUGAAGCAGGUGGGCGUGGCCGCUACCGGGGUCACCCACGCCCUCAAUGAGCUGCUCCAACACAUCAAACAGUACGCCAGCGGAGGCCAUCCCAUCGGACGCCACGGAGAAGCCACCGACCGGAUCCUGGACGUCACCGAGAACAUCUUCAGCUCCAUGGGAGACGCUGGUGAGAUGGUUCGACAGGCCCGUAUCCUCGCUCAGGCCACGUCUGAUCUGGUCAAUGCCAUCAAGAUGGACGCCGAGGGCGAGUCGGACCUGGAGAACUCCCGCAAGCUGCUGUCAGCCGCCAAGCUGCUGGCUGAUGCCACCGCUAAGAUGGUGGAGGCCGCUAAGGGCGCAGCAGCAAACCCUGACAGUGAGGAGCAGCAGCAGAAGUUGCGAGAGGCUGCUGAAGGUCUCCGCAUGGCCACCAACGCCGCCGCCCAGAAUGCUAUCAAGAAACGGCUGGUCAACAAGCUGGAGAAUGCAGCCAAACAGGCCGCAGCCGCCGCCACUCAGACCAUCGCCGCUGCCCAGCACGCGGCCUCAUCCAGCAGGAACCAGGCGGCCCAGCAGCAGCUGGUCCAGAGCUGCAAGGUGGUGGCAGAGCAGAUCCCUCAGCUGGUUCAGGGGGUCCGAGGCAGCCAGUCCCAGCCUGACAGCCCUAGCGCUCAGCUGGCUCUCAUCAGUGCCAGCCAGAACUUCCUGCAGCCUGGUGCUAAAAUGGUAACGGCCUCCAAAGCCACCGUUCCCACCAUCGGGGACCAGGCCUCAGCUAUGCAGCUCAGCCAAUGUGCUAAGAACCUGGCCAGUGCCCUGGCUGAGCUCCGUGCCACCUCCCAGAAGGCUCAGGAAGCGUGUGGCCCGUUGGAGAUAGACAACGCUCUGUCAAUGGUGAGAGGUCUGGAGAAGGACAUCCAGGAAGCCAAGGCUUCAGCUGACGAGGGCAAACUCAAACCUCUGCCAGGAGAGACGCCUGAGAAAUGCUCCCAGGAUCUGGUGACCAGCACCAAGGCUGUGAGCUCGGCCAUCGCCCAGCUGCUGAGUGAGGCCACCCAGGGCAACGAGAACUACACAGGCAUGGCAGCCAGAGACGUGGCCCAGGCUUUAAAGUCCUUGGCCUCAGCCGCCAGAGGAGUGGCUGCCACCACAGGCGACCAGGCAGCGCGUAACGCAGUGCUCGACACUGCCGGUGACAUCAUGGAUAAGUCGGCCAACCUGAUCGAAGAGACCAAGAGGGCCAUCGCCAAGCCAGGAGAUGCAGAGAGUCAGCAACGGCUGGCCCAGGUGGCUAAGGCCGUAUCUCAGGCCCUGAACAGAUGUGUGAACUGCCUUCCUGGCCAGAGGGAUGUGGACAACGCCAUCCGCACUGUGGGCGAAGCCAGCAAGACUCUCCUGGGUGAUUCUUUCCCGUCCAGUGGAAGGAGCUUCCAGGAGGUCCAGGCUCAGCUCAACGAGGUCGCGGCCGGUCUGAACCAGUCAGCCAACGAGGUGGUCCAGGCGUCCAGAGGGACCACCCAGGAUCUGGCCCGGGCCACCAGCAAGUUUGGACAGGACUUCAGCAACUUCCUGAACGCUGGCGUUGACAUGGCCGGAACAUCCCAGUCUAAAGAGGACCAGACACAGGUGGUGUCCAACCUGAAGACCAUCUCCAUGUCCUCCAGCAAGCUGCUGCUGUCAGCCAAAGUCCUGUCCACUGACCCCAGCUCGCCCAACCUCAAGAACCAGCUAGCAGCCGCCGCUCGGGCAGUGACAGACAGCAUCAACCAGCUGAUCACCAUGUGCACUCGGCAGGCGCCCGGUCAGAAGGAGUGUGACAACGCUCUCAGAGAGCUGGAGUCGGUGAGGGGGAUGCUGGACAACCCGACGGAAGCCAUCAACGACCUGUCCUACUUUGACUGCAUCGACAGUGUCAUGGAGAACUCGAAGGUCCUUGGUGAGUCCAUGGCUGGCAUUUCCCACCAUGCCAAGAACUCCAACCUGCCAGAGUUUGGGGAUUCAGUCAGUGGAGGCUCCAAAGCUCUGUGUGGUCUGACUGAAGCAGCUGUACAGGCUGCCUAUCUGGUGGGCGUAUCAGACCCCAACAGUUCAGCAGGUCAGAAGGGCCUGGUGGACCCCGCUCAGUUUGCCCGGGCUAAUCAGUCCAUCCAGAUGGCCUGCCAGAACCUGGUGGACCCAGCCUGCACCCAGUCUCAGGUGCUCUCUGCAGCCACCAUCGUGGCCAAACACACCUCGGCCCUGUGUAACGCCUGCCGUCUGGCCUCCUCCAAAACUCCCAAUCCGGUUGCCAAGAGGCAGUUUGUCCAGUCAGCCAAAGAGGUGGCCAACACCACUGCCAAUCUGGUCAAGUCCAUAAAGGCUUUGGAUGGAGCCUUUAACCAUGAGAACAGAGAGAAGUGUAAGGCAGCCACUGGUCCUCUGAUAGAAGCUGUAGACAACCUAACUGCCUUUGCCUCCAACCCAGAGUUCGCCAGCAUUCCUGCUCAGAUCAGCCCCGAGGGCCAUGCAGCCAUGGAGCCCAUCGUGGCGGCAGCGAAGGCGAUGUUGGAGAGCUCGACCGGCCUGAUCCAGACCGCCCGCUCCCUGGCUGUCAAUCCCAAAGACCCCCCCAAGUGGUCAGUGCUGGCUGGCCACUCCAGGACUGUGUCUGACUCCAUCAAGAAACUCAUCACCAACAUGAGAGAAAAGGCUCCCGGCCAGAGAGAGUGUGAUGACGCUAUUGAGGUGCUGAACGGCUGCAUCCGCGAGGUGGACCAGGCCUCUCUGGCUGCCAUAAGCCAGCAUCUAACACCCCGAGAGGACAUCUCCAUGGAGAAUCUCCACGAGCAGAUGGCUGCCUCCGUCCAUGAGAUCAGUAACCUGAUCGACCCCGUCGCUGUGGCUGCUCGCUCUGAGGCCUCCCAGCUGGGACACAAGGUAUCUCAGAUGGCCAGCUACUUUGAGCCCCUGAUCAUGGCAGCCAUUGGCACGGCGUCGAAGAUCGUCAGCAGCCAACAGCAGAUGGCCGUCUUAGACCAGACCAAAACCCUGACCGAGUCCGCCCUACAGAUGCUCUACACUGCCAAGGAGGCUGGAGGAAACCCCAAGGCAGCACACAUGCAGGAGGCCCUGGAGGAGUCGGUGCAGAUGAUGAAAGAAGCAGUGGAUGACCUGGGCGCCACUCUGGCUGAGGCGGCCAGUGCAGCGGGUGCUGUGGGUGGCAUGGUGCACUCCAUCAACGACGCCAUCAACAAAAUGGAAGACUCGCCUGCUCUCGAAGCUGAAGGCACCUUCGUGGACUACCAGACUACCAUGGUUAAGACGGCCAAGGCCAUAGCCGUCACUGUGCAGGAGAUGGUGACCAAGUCCAACACAAACCCUGAUGACCUCGGAGGAUUGGCCAACCAGCUUACCAAUGAGUUUGGAAAUCUUGCAAACGAGGCCAAAUAUGCUGCUGUGACUGCAGAGAAUGAUGAGAUUGGUUCUCACAUUAAGAAGCAGGUGGGCGAGCUGGGCUUCAGCUGCACCGGCCUGGUGACCAAAGCGGGGGCCCUGCAGUGCAGCCCCAACGACUCCUUCACCAAGAAGGAGCUGAUCGAAAGCGCCCGCAAAGUCUCCGAGAAGGUCUCCCAUGUGUUGGCGUCCCUCCAGGCAGGUAACCGUGGCACCCAGGCCUGCAUCACCGCCGCCAGCGCCGUGUCUGGAAUCAUCGCAGACCUCGACACCACCAUCAUGUUUGCCACUGCCGGUACUCUGAACAGAGAGAACGCUGAGACCUUCGCUGACCACAGAGAAUACAUCCUGAAGACAGCCAAGGCUCUGGUGGAGGACACCAAGCUGCUGGUGUCCGGCGCCGGAGCCAGUCAGGAGAAACUGGCCCAGGCCGCCCAGUCCUCGGUGGCCACUAUCACCAAACUGGCUGAUGUGGUCAAACUGGGAGCCGCCAGCCUGGGAGCCGAAGACCCCGAGACCCAGGUGGUCCUGAUCAAUGCGGUGAAAGAUGUGGCCAAAGCUCUGGGCAACCUCAUCAGCGCCACCAAAGCAGCCGCAGGCAAACCUCACGACGACCCCAGCAUGCUGCAGCUUAAGAGCUCCGCUAAGGUGAUGGUGACCAAUGUGACCUCGCUCCUGAAGACGGUGAAGGCAGUGGAGGAUGAAGCCACAAAGGGGACCAGAGCUUUGGAGUCCACAAUCGAACACAUCAAGCAGGAGCUGGCUGUGUUCAGCAGUUCUGACCCCCCACCAAAGACGACCACGCCGGAGGAGUUCAUUCGCACGACUAAAGGCAUCACCAUGGCAACCGCAAAGGCGGUGGCUGCUGGGAAUUCUUGUCGCCAGGAGGACGUCAUCGCCACGGCCAACCUCAGCAGAAGAGCCAUCGCUGACAUGCUGCACUCCUGCAAGCAAGCUGCCUACCACCCAGAGGUCAGCAUGGAGGUCCAGAUGAGAGCGCUGCGCUAUGGCAAGGAAUGUGCUUCUGGAUAUCUGGGACUGCUGGAGCAUGUGCUGGUGAUCAUCCAGAAGCCCUCUCAUGACCUGAAGCAACAGUUGGCCAGCUACUCCAAGCGGGUGGCAGGCUCUGUCACUGAGCUCAUCCAGGCCGCAGAGGCCAUGAAAGGAACGGAGUGGGUGGACCCUGAGGAUCCCACCGUCAUCGCAGAGAACGAGCUGCUAGGAGCGGCGGCAGCUAUUGAAGCAGCUGCCAAGAAACUGGAGCAGCUGAGGCCCAGGACCAAAACAAAGGAGGCCGAUGAGAGCUUGAACUUUGAGGAGCAGAUUCUGGAGGCAGCCAAGUCCAUCGCAGCGGCCACCAGUGCUCUGGUCAAAGCUGCCUCAGCCGCCCAGAGGGAGCUGGUGGCUCAGGGGAAGGUGGGAGCGAUCCAAGCCAAUGCGGUGGAUGAUGGACAGUGGUCUCAGGGGCUGAUUUCAGCUGCGCGAAUGGUUGCCGCAGCGACCAACAACCUGUGCGAGGCAGCCAACUCUGCGGUGCAGGGCCACGCCAGCGAGGAGAAGCUGAUCUCGUCAGCCAAGCAGGUGGCAGCCUCCACCGCUCAGCUGCUGGUGGCCUGCAAGGUCAAGGCUGACCAGGACUCCCAGACCAUGAAGAGGCUCCAGGCUGCUGGAAAUGCUGUGAAGAGAGCCUCUGAUAACCUGGUGAAAGCAGCACAGAAAGCAGCGUUUGAUGCCCAGGAUGACCAGGCUGUGGUGGUCAAGAGUAAGAUGGUGGGAGGGAUCGCUCAGAUCAUCGCUGCUCAGGAGGAGAUGCUGCGGAAAGAGAGGGAGCUGGACGAGGCCAGGAAGAGGCUGGCCAUGAUCCGACAGCAGCAGUACAAGUUCCUGCCCUCAGAGCUGCGGGAGGACGGCCAGGAACAGUGAGAGAGUGUGUGUGUCUGCGUGAAAACACACACACAUCGGUAAUGCAACAGUGAUCCGUGGAAUGCUCAGGACCUUCCCCCAGCUCCAUGUAGGGAGAGGAGGCUUCAUGCUUCAGCAGAAAGCUCACAUUAGGCAGGUUGACUCCAAUUCCACAGUGAUGCAUCAGGAGGGUUAUUAUCAAUCUGUUUCUGUAUUUAAUUUCCAAAGUCAAAAAUGUAAUGACACCAAUGAUUAUGAAUUUUGAUAAUACAGAAAUCUAUAUAUAUAUGUAUACCUUAAGUCCUUAUUAAGGUAUCUGUGCUUUUGAUUAUAUACGGCCCUAUACUUUUCAAUAUAUGCUUCUCUUUCUUGGUCCUUGUUAUCUGGACUGCAUGUCUUUGUUGUGUACAUGCUGUGUGGCUUCGUAAAAUAACAAAAUCCUGCCAGUAAGUUCUGCUUCGCUGUUAGAACGUUACCGUUAGAUCUGAGAGGGAUGAAGGCGAGCACGAUUCAGGCUUCUAUGCACAUGGUGCGUAAUCUAUGCAACUUUUCUAUGCGUGUGUGUGUGUGUGUGUGUGUGUGUGUGUGUGUGUGUGUGUGUGUGUGUGUGUGUGUGUGUGUGUGUGUGUGUGUGUGUGUGUGUGUGUGUGUGUGUGUGUGUGUGUGUGUGUGUGUGUGUGUGUGUGUGUGUGUGUGUGUGUGUGUACCCGUUUAGAGGCAAAGAGACAUGAUGUGUGAGUGAAGCCGAGGUCUGACGGACGAUAUCUAGUAUGGGACGUGUCAUACUGUUUAAAUCUGAAAUAUGGACAAUGAAAUCAAAAGGUUUUAAAGUUUAGAUUUGGAAAAAAUAACUUUGCGAUGGAACAAAUCAGAGUGGGGGGUGGGGGGGGGGAACAUUAUUUUUCUAAAGAUUGAGCUAUGAAAUGUAUUAAAUAAGUUUUUGUGUGUGUAAAGACUAUGAAGCCAUAUAUUUAACUUCAAGACAUUUGACAUCAUAUUGACUGUAUGUGGGUGCUCAGUGUUUAGGGGGGUCUUAUCUGUGCCCAUAUUAGUGCCUGACGCAGUGCUUUAUUCUCUCUAGACAAAUGCUGUCACAAAGCCACAAAGCCACGAUGCUAGUCUGAGGGGAUCAGGAUGUUUUAGCUACCUACUUCCUGUCAGAUAUUACGUACAUAAAGUUCAGUGUUUUUAUCUCGACCCAGGGCCUCUUUGAACCCAGUGGAUCAGUUAUCAAGUGCCUUCAUAGCAUUUUGUAAAAGUGUUAUAAACUGUACCCUCUAGAUGCACUUCAUUCAUAACGCAUUACAGUAAUUUAUCAGAACAUUAUUUAAAUCCACCCAUAGCGCCUUUUAUUUCCAUGGCACAGCUAGAGCAGCAUAAUCUAAAAAAUGACUGUAAUCAUACAAAGCUUUUUUUUCCUCUUUGGCUCACAUUUUGACUUCAAUUACAGCAGCAGCAGCUGAUGGCCACUGUAACAGAGAUUUAUAUUCAAUAAAGCCAGUUUUCAAGUGACA